GGACGACGUGUCGACUACCGUCCCACCCAUUUCUCUUCCCUCUUAUUCCCACACACUCUCUCAAGCUCUUGCCAAUCUUCUCAAGCACGAAGGAGAUCUGCAGCAGGGGUCGGAUCAAGAACUGGAGCAGAGCCAAGACCUCACAAGAAUCAAGAAGAGCAAACACUGGCCGUUCAUUCAAUUCGUCCACUUCCCACAUGAGGAAAGAAGACAGUGAAAUGAGUGCCCAAGAAGGUUCCGGUUCGGCUCAGUCCGAUGCAUCAAUGCCCUCCUCUCCUGCAGAAACCCACCAGUCUAUUCAUGGGGAUGACCCCGAGGGUAACUUUGACGUAAAUGACGGGCGGAGUUCAUCACCAGCAACUCAUGAGGAGACCAAGAACGAUGAAGAAGUAAGCGUGCGACUCCAAGCAUUGGCCGACUACUCCUUGUGCCUGGACGGUUCAAAUGAAGAAGGUAAGGAAGAAGAUAAAGGAAUGAAUGGGCGGGAGAGGCUGAAGAGACAUCGGGUCGAAGUCGUGGGUCGGGCUUGGAUUCCCGAGAUAUGGGGUCAGGAGGAGCUGCUGAAGGAUUGGGUGGAUUGCUCCGCGUUCGAGGCCUCGUUCAUGCCCGCGAAAAUCACGUCGGCCAAGGCGGCUUUGGUUGAAGAGGGAAGAAGAGCUAACUCCGGUGGACUGAGAAUAGAGAACAGGGACACGUUCCGUGAAAUGCAAGAAAAGUAGUGAUGGUUUUGGCUCCUAUCCAUGUCCGGUUUGGUGGGAAUGCAAUGGGAGUUUUGAGGACAUUGCACAAUAUAACGACAUUUGGAUCGAUGAUUCGCCAAACGCCAGAGGAGAGCUCGUAAAGAGCGAGAUGGUGACUUUUCCGGAUGAAGCGACUGGCGUAGAAACCGUUAUUCAGGACCAGUAGAAUUGUUGUAUCGAGAGAUCGAGAUCAGCACAAGAAUACAAGCAUAAUCUACUUCUGAAUCCUUGGCUCCGCCAUUGUCAAUGUGCAAUUGACAAAGCGUGAACCUCUGCUUCUAGUGUAUGGAGGGGGCAGCAAAUAUCAAUCCUUUUUUGGGCCACAAAGUAACUAUAGCAGGAAAGAGAGAAACAAGCACUGGUCUGUUGCAUAUGUUGCUCCUGUAUGUCCUCAAAGCAAAAUGACCUGUUUAUCUACUA